CGAGGCGGAUUGGUUGUGUCACGGACGAGUAUCCGAACGCUAUGUUUACGCGGGAAAAAGUUUUGACAUAUUGAAAUAUAAAAAGACGCAAUUCUAUUCGGGAUUGCUCACAAAUAUUGUUGUUUUGAUGGAGUUUGUGUAAAAAUGUAAAUAAACAAUUGUGUGAAGUGUUACUUGGUGGCAGUAUGGUGGAUUUCGGUGGGAAUGAUUGUGAUAACAUCAUAAAUGGAAAGAGUCAAUUUGUCUAUCUGGUGUUUGUGCAUUUAUUACUCAUCGGUCUAAAUGGGACUAACGCUCAAAACCGGGCGCCGCGUAUCAAAGAGCACCCUUCGAACACUGUGUCUGGUCGGAGCGAGCCGGCGACACUAAGAUGUGUGGUCGAGGGGAGACCGAAGCCGACUGUACAGUGGUACAAGGAUGGGUCCCCCUUGCCCAGGGUGGAAGAUGGACACAGGGUACUUUUGGAGGACGGCUUGUUGUUUCUUAGGGUAAAUCGUGGAAAGAAAGAGAGUGACGAAGGGGUUUAUUGGUGUGUAGCACGAAAUAUUGCGGGGGAAGCUGUUAGUCAAAAUGCAACUUUAAACGUAGCGGUUUUACGUGAUGAAUUCAGAGCUGAACCUAGAGACGUUCAGGUGGCAGCUGGAGAUCCCGCGUUGUUAGAGUGUAUACCUCCCAGGGGUGUUCCAGAUGCUUCUGUGCAUUGGUUGAAGGAUGGUCAGCCGUAUGAUGUUGAAGUUAAUGGCAGGGUGACAAUCACAGAAACUGGUAGCCUAAAAAUAUUGGAAACAUUACCAAACGAUAGUGGUCUAUUCCGAUGUGUUGCAUCCAACAUAGCUGGAGAGAGGCAAUCUCGGGCUGCCGCGCUUAUUGUACUAAGGCGACCACAUUUUGUCACUAAACCCGCCAAUAUUACCGCAUUGGUUGGCCAAAAUGUGGAAUUUAACUGUCAGAGUUACGACGCGAGCGUAAAAAUAACAUGGUAUAAGGAAGACGGUGUUCUCCCGUCGCACGCGUCCAUAAUCCGAGGACUGUUAAGGUUGGAACAGGUGUCUGCGUCCGAUGCGGGCGUCUAUUCCUGUAGAGCUGAUAGCCAUACGGGCACUAGUGUCGCGAGUGCUACUUUGACUGUUUAUUCGUUACCACACUUCACACAGAUACCGUCUAAUUUGACCGCUUGGGAAGGAGACGUUGUAUCAAUACCUUGUGAAGCAAAAGGUUUACCUACACCUACUACUUUCUGGAUUUUAGAAGGUGUUGAGGAUAGCCUUUUAUUCCCAGAAUGUACAAAGAGCAAUUCCAGCCUAUUGUAUCUCGACGGGGUAAAAGUAGAACACGGCGGAAGAGUAAUAUGUGUAGCCGUUAAUGCGGCUGGAAGCGUGAUGCAAGAAGCUUAUCUUAAUGUUCUAAGAAAAGGCGAUCUAUUAGAGCAUUCCUCGGAUGACUUCGACGUAAAUUACGAACACCAGAUCCGUAUGACGGAGUAUGAGUUCGCUCAAGCGAGAAAAUAUUUGCAACAGAACGUUUUAGUAUUAAAGAGGGUGGAAACUUUGUCGUCAACUUCGCUCAAAGUUGUUUGGGAUGUUUUAACUGAUUACAACGAGUAUUUGGAAGGGGUGAAGAUCUGGUACAAUGGUACUUCGUUGAAUUGGCGUAAUAGUACUGAAGAUGGAUCCAUUUUAAAUGUGUCUCAAGUGGACACAUGUUCUAAUGGAUCUCUCGUGCAUGUUGAUAACAGUGGCUCGUCUAGUUACAUACUGUCUGGGUUGCGGGCGUAUGUGCAAUAUGAUGUUUUCCUAAUGCCCUUCUACAAGAUGUUGUUGGGAAAACCUUCGAACUCGAUGCUUGGUUCAACGGAUGAAGAUGUACCAUCGCACCCUCCUCAAAGCGUGACGGGCGGAGUGAUAAACGCGACCUCGGCGUGGAUCCGCUGGGAGCCGCCGCCAGCUGACACGUGGAACGGGGAGCUGACGGGAUAUUUGAUCGAAAUCCGCGUGGGCACGGGCACUGUGGGCCGUGUAGUGGGCCAAAUGUCCCUCGGGGCUCGAACCAGAGCGGCUGCAGCUAGUUCGCUACGCCCGGGCGGCCGGUACAGUGCUCGAGCGGCCGCUGUGAACAGGCGCGGGCACGGGCCGUUCAGUGCACCGGCGCUGAUACACAUGCUGCCUAUGCAGUCGCAGCGGCAUUAUGUGCAGACGGAACCACCUCACGACUCCACGAUCCCGCACAUUUUACAAGAAACCUGGUUAUUGGCGCUCGGCCUCACAUUAUUCUCGGUGAUUGUAAUCGGCGUUGUCAGCAUUUAUUACAUCAGGCGACGGAACGGUGUUCAAAGGAAGAAGGCUACGGGUCAAGCGAUAGUCCCAGCACAGUGCUUACUAAACAAGGACACAAUCUGGUUGCGAGAUCGGCCCUUGUUCGCCGCACCUGAUAAUCAUAUGGACACCUGCCAGACGCUGCUGAGUACGGGCCAAUCAGCGAUCAACAUAGAGCCCGAGUACUGUCUCCCGCAGAACUCAAUACAAGGUCUAGACGCGAGUAUGGAGAGACUCAAGAGACCCGAACCGUAUGCUUCUAGUGCUAUAUACACAGAGCUUAAUUUUAAGGACACCAACGAACCAACAGACGCACACUACCCAGAACGCCGCUCCAACAGCAUAGUCCGUUCUUGCAACGGCAGCGUGCAAUAUUCCAACGAAUGUUCCACCUGCCACAGCUCGUCUAGUCGAUCGACUAAUCGCGACUACAAAGAGCUUAAACACGAAGACGACGACUCUAGUCGUAGUCGACAGAACGAUCUAGAAUACGAUUACCCACAGUGGCAUUGGCUGGGAAGGGAGAAUAGCUUCAAAAUUCCGAUACAGCGCGGGAACAGAACGGAACAGGGCUGUCAAAUAAAUCUGUGUGAUAUACUGCCGCCGCCACCGUAUGAGAGUCCCGAGAGCAAAAAUCAACUGAAGUAAGGUAUAAUGAAGCUUAGAAAUUAGUCAAAAUAUGAGCAAUAAUCAAUAUAUCAUUUUGAAACUCAUGUAGAUAAUAAAACUUUUGACAGUUUAUACGUAUUUGUGUAUUAGAAAGUGUAUAGAACUGCUGUAUCCAAUUUAAUAGGAUUCUUGUAUAUUUAACCGACUUACGUUGUUUUAGUUAUUUUCUACUUACGUUAACCGUUUCUGUUUUUAUAUCAAAUAAUUUAACUGGUGGUUUUACAAUAUCCGAAAAACAAUAUAAAAUAAAUUAAUGUUCAAAAGGAUUUUUAAUAAUAAUUUGAACAUUAACGCAUUUUGUUUUGGGGUCAUUACAAAUAUAGAGUAAUGUGGAAAAUUGAGAUUUUAAAUUAACAGGGUUUUUAUAUAUUAAGAAUCAUCAUAAAUAAUAAAAUCGAAUUAAGAAACGAUACUUUUAAUAGCAUUGAUAGAAUAAUAAAUAACCAACUACAUAUAAUGUAAUUACCCCAGAGCAUCUUGUAAACAAACAUACUUAAAGAGAUAUUGAAGGAAUUUCCUAUACAGCAAUAAUAAAAAACAUAUUAUUAAAACUUUUACUUAAGACUCGGAUAUUGUAAAACGUACCAAAAAUCCAUUAACUAUAUUAUAUAAUAAUAUAAAGUUAACCUUAGAAAUAGACUCCUAAAUAAAAAGUCCCUUAUACCAUCAACACAUCUGCUCCAAAAACCAGAAAAAACAUAACAAUAUAAUUCAAGCCUUGAGCUCUUUGAAAAGUAUGAUUGUUGCCUACAAAAAGCUUUUAUUGCCAAAAGGUGCAAAAACUUAAUUUUUUGCCAGAAUUUCGCAGAGAGAAUAUAAAAAGAAAUGAUCAAUUUUAUAUAACUUUUUAUACUUUCAAUUAUUCGAGUCAAAGUAUUAUUCUUUUUUCCCAAUUACAAUUUGAAAAGAAUUCCAUUCCGCUUAGAACUAAAAAGAUCAUAUUAAUGUUAUAAAUGAUUUCAAUUAAUAGUCAAUGCAAAAUAGCUUACAAAUAGGUUCUCGAUUUUUCUAUACAGUAAUCAAUUGAUAUUUUAUCAUAUAGUUACAUUAUAUCCAACAUAGAUAAAUAUCGUAAUUAGCGAACAAUAUAACCAUAGAAGCUUGUAGAUAACUUAUUCCUAAUUCUAGUCAUCGUGUAUAGACUAGUUACAUUACGGAUAUUUAGACGUGGAUAGUAACUGGCGCUAGUUGCUCACGUUUUUAGGUGACCUUAUUUUCACUUGACAUCUAUAACGAACGACCUAAAAGGAAGACGAGCAAAAAUACGAAUAUUCUUCCAUAUCUGCGAUGCGUCGAAGAAUUAAUGUUCAAAAAUAUAGGCGGAAUUUUUCAUGUUUCACUUGAGUAUUUUCGUCUCUAAAUAGAGAAAAAAUAUUCAAGUGACUUUUGUAGCAUACUAAAGAUACCUAUGAAUGUAUUUAUUUUUUGGUGAUCAAUAUGCAACAUUGAUAAAACCUACAUACCUACGCUACAUCACAAAGUUAAAAAACUUAAUCUAUUAUAGUAAUUAUUUGAUUGUUAACAAUAUCAAGUUUACAAUUUUACAUCAUUUGUAAAGAACUGUAUUAACAGGUAAAAAUCAAUGCAAAAAUGACUAACAACAGCAAUUAGCGCCAGCUACUAAUAGAAUAAUUAUAACUAGCCAUACAUUAAGCAAAUUUUCAGGUUGUCUAAAUAGUAGUUAAUCACUGCCAUUUAUAAUUAGACUUAGUAUUUUAGUUGUAUAACAUUUUUGACUGUGAUAUUUAUGUAUAUUAAAUUACGUGUACUCGUUGUAAGCUUAGAUAUUAAGUAGGAGUAGAUAACAAUGUAUUUCAUGUAACGUUUCUAAUGACUUCUGUUUGCGACCCCAAAUAUUUUCUGAGCCAGUUGUUUUGUUUAAAAAUUGGAAAUAUACAUAGCUUUUUA